AUGAAUGAAGCUGAUGUGGUGUGCCGGCAGCUGAGCUGUGGGAGUGCCCUCGCAGCCCCUGUGGAGGCUCAAUUUGGCGAAGGCAAAGGCGAGUUUCUGCUGGAUGACAUGGACUGUACAGGAAGAGAGAGUUUUCUGGGACAGUGUUCUCAUGCUGGCUGGUCCCUGCAUAACUGCGGUCCCGGAGAAGACGCCAGUGUCAUCUGUGCAGUUCUACCAGUGGCCGACUCAGCAUCUGCCAGUCGCAGAGCCAGUGUGCCCAGGCUCAGGCCGCCAGAAGACUGGCCUGUGCUGCGGCUGGUGAAUGGCACGGGACGAUGCUCCGGCCGGGUGGAGGUGUCCUACCAGGGCACCUGGGGGUCCGUGUGUGAUGACGGCUGGGGCCUGAAGGAGGCACACGUGGUGUGCAGGCAGCUUGGGUGUGGCCCAGCGGUAUCGGCCCCCCUCGGCUCCCACUUCGGCCCAGGCUUUGGAAAGAUUGUCCUGGACAACGUGCGCUGCAGUGGUGAGGAGAGCCGCCUGGCCCUGUGCGCCCACGACAGCUGGUUCACCCACAACUGCAAUCACGAGGAGGAUGCCGGAGCCAUCUGCUUGGGUUCUCUAACGGCAGACCCCUCCCCUCCAGCUGACGUCUUCUCAGAACCUUCAUGGACCACAGUCCCUGCGGCCUUGACUCCACCUGCAGAGGCCUGGGUAGAGGUGAGGCUGCUGAAUGGCACGGGGAGGUGCUCAGGCCGCGUGGAGGUGCUCAUCCAGGGCACAUGGGGGACUGUGUGUGAUGACCCCUGGGACCUGGCCGAGGCUGCCGUUGUAUGCCACCAGCUGCAGUGUGGCCAGGCAGUGGCAGCCCCCACAAGGUCCAACUUCGGGGCAGGCUCCAGGAAGAUCCUGCUGGAUGACAUACAGUGUAUGGGUAGUGAGAGCCACCUGGGGCAGUGUGUGUACGGGGGCCAGGCCGGGCACAACUGUGGGCACAUGGAAGAUGCUGGCAUCAUCUGCACAGGCUUUGAUGACCCACCAGCCCCCUCCCCAGAGUCUGAAGAUGCUUCCUCGGUGUCCACACUCACAGGAACCUGGGUAGAGGUGAGGCUGCUGAAUGGCACGGGGAGGUGCUCAGGCCGCGUGGAGGUGCUCGUCCAGGGCACCUGGGGGACCGUGUGUGAUGACCUCUGGGACCUGGCCGAGGCUGUGAGGCUGCUGAAUGGCACAGGGAGGUGCUCAGGCCGUGUGGAGGUUCUUGUCCAGGGCAUGUGGGGGACCGUGUGUGACGACCUCUGGGACCUGCCUGAGGCAGCUGUUGUGUGCCACCAGCUGCAGUGUGGCCAGGCGGUGGCAGCCCCCACAGGGGCCCACUUUGGGGCAGGCUCCGGAAAGAUCCUGCUGGAUGAUGUGCAGUGCGUGGGCAACGAGAGCCACCUGGGGCAGUGUGUGCACGGGGGCCAGGCCGGGCACAACUGCGGGCACCAGGAGGACGCCAGCGUCAUCUGUGCAGGUCAAGCCCUGUCAGCAACCGCGCCCACCACGGAGACUGCGGGGCUUUCUCCAGCUCCCACUCCAACAGGUGGUGGAUUAUCUGCAACCAUGGCCACAACAGAGCCUGCAGCCCUGCAGUCCACACCCACUCCCCCGGCGGGAGCCUGGGUAGAGGUGAGGCUGCUGAAUGGCACGGGGAGGUGCUCAGGCCGCGUGGAAGUCCUCAUCGAGGGCACCUGGGGGACCGUGUGUGACGACCUCUGGGACCUGGCUGAGGCUGCUGUUGUGUGCCGCCAGCUGCAGUGUGGUCAGGCAGUGGCAGCCCCCACAGGGGCCCACUUUGGGACAGGCUCUGGAAGGAUCCUGCUGGACAAUGUGCAGUGUGUGGGCAGCGAGAGCCACCUGGGGCAGUGUGUGCACCAGGGCCAGGCCAGGCACAACUGCGGGCACCUGGAGGAUGCUGGGGUCAUCUGUGCAGCAUCACACUCCUGGGAGACCCCCAGCUCACUGUUGACGCUAUGUCUUCCUACAGAUGGGCAGGAAAGGGCCAAGGCCACUGUUGUGUGCCGCCAGCUCCAGAAUGGCCAGGUGGUGGGAGCCCCCACAGGGGCCUACUUCAGGGCAGGCUCUGGGAAGAUCCUGCUGGAUGAUGUACAGUGUGUGGGCAGCGAGAGCCACCUGGGGCAGUGUGUGCACAGGGGCCGGGCAGGGCACAAAUGUGGGCACUUGAACGACACCAGUGUCAUCUGUGCAGGUGGGGGGCUGGCUGUCAAUCUUCACUUGGAAGGCUCCUCUUAG